UCGGGGAGCCCCGGGGUGGCCAUGCAGCUGCUGCGGCUGCUCGCCUGGGCGCUGCUGCCAGGCUGCGGGGCGGUGCGGGGACCCGGCAUCGUGUCGGGGGUCCUGGGGGGGACCCUGUCGGUCACCUGCGAGUACGAUCGUGGCGAUGAGAGGAUGCCGAAGUUCUGGUGCAUACCGGGAUUAGUUCAAACCUGCCGCACUGACAUCGUCAUCACCGAGGAGGACGAACCCGUGGUGCAACGGGGCCGAUUCUCCAUCCAGGACAACCGCUCACGGCGGGUGUUCACGGUCACCGUGGAGGACCUGUCCGAGAGGGACGCGGGCAGCCGGCUCUGCGGGGUGCGGACAUGGCUGGCCGUGCCCGAUAAGAGCGCAGAAGUGGAGGUGAUCGUCUACCCAGCUCCUUCUUCCUCCUCCACCACGUUGUCCUAUACCCCGACCAUCAACCACCUCGAUCUCACCGGCUCUGCAUCCAUCCCCACAAAGACAAAUGCCAAGGGAAGCACUGUGGAAACAGAUUCAACUCUGUCCCACGAUGAAGACUCCAACCCUACAAGCUUGAGCACGGUUGAGUACAUCCUCAUUCCAGGCAUCGUAGUGGUUCUUCUUUUGCUUGUCGUGGCUCUCAGCGUUCUGGUCGUGCUGUCCAGGAAGAGGAAGAAAACCCUCUCCGGAGCAGCCGUAGAGAUGGACGGGAUUUACAGCAUGUCACGCACGGGAGGGGAUGCCUUGACCUACGCAGACAUCAACCACCGCGCGGGUACAGCCGAGAGCCAGUUGUACAGCAACGCCGAGGCUUUCCGCCGCCCAGCAAACCCCACGACCGAGUACGCGGAGGUCAACCACGGCAGUAAGGAGCGGCAGAAAAAAGCCAGACUGCCUGAGAGCAGCGACGGCUCCAAGGACUCGGACAGCUCUGCCGGGCGCCGGGGCAGCGCCAGCCGGAAGCACGGGCGAUGGCGGGGACGGCCGGACAGCCCCGGGGCGCUGGUGUCCAAGGUGGUGAGAGCUGUCACGGCGAGACACAAGCUGGGACGGCGGGUGCCAGCUGCACCAGACUCCUCCAGCCGGAGGAACCUGACGGAUCUGCGAGGGGAGGCCCAGCUGGCCGUCUUCCAGCAGGGUGACACGGGCAGCGUGGAGGGGGCUCCCCAGCCCACCGAGAACAGCUUCACCCCGAAAUGUGAGAUCACGGGCAAGGAUGCCCUCUCGGCACUGGCCCGGGCCAGCAGCAAGCAGUGCCAACAGGAGAUCGCCAACGUCGUCUGCCUGCACCUUGCCGGCAGCCUUAUGCCCCAGUCCGUGCCACGCCACUGCCAGCUCUCAGGCAAGGUCAGCCCUGUUAUCCAGUGGGAUGAGAGCCGGCUGCAGCAGGUGCCCCCCAGCAAGCCCGUGCGCAUCGCCUACAUGCUGGUUGUGCACGGCAGGGCCAUUCGCCAGCUGAAGCGGCUCAUCAAGGCUGUGUACCACCAGCAGCACUUCUUCUACAUCCACGUCGACAAGCGCUCCAACUACCUCCAUCGUGAGGCGGUGGAGCUGGCCCGUCACUACCCCAACAUCCGUGUGACACCCUGGCGCAUGGUGACCAUCUGGGGAGGUGCCAGCCUGCUGAAGAUGUACCUGCGCAGCAUGAAGGACCUGCUGGAGCUGGCUGAGUGGCCCUGGGACUUCUUCAUCAACCUAAGUGCCACCGACUACCCCACGAGGACUAACGAGGAGCUGGUGAUGUUCCUGUCCAAAUACCGAGAUAAGAACUUCCUCAAGUCCCAUGGCCGAGACAACGCCAGGUUUAUCAAGAAGCAGGGCCUGGACCGGUUGUUCCACGAGUGUGACUCCCACAUGUGGCGGCUGGGAGAGCGCCACAUCCCCGAGGGCAUUGUGGUGGAUGGGGGCUCUGACUGGUUCUCGCUGACACGCAGCUUCGUGGAAUACGUGGUCUAUUCUGAGGACCAGCUGGUGUCCCAGCUGCGUCAGUUCUAUACCUACACGCUCCUGCCAGCCGAGUCCUUCUUCCACACAGUCCUGGAGAACAGUCAUGCCUGCGAGACGCUGGUGGAUAACAACCUCCGAGUGACCAAUUGGAACCGAAAGCUGGGCUGUAAGUGCCAAUAUAAACACAUAGUCGACUGGUGCGGGUGCUCCCCAAAUGACUUCAAACCCCAGGACUUCCUCCGGCUACAGCAACUCUCCAGACCCACCUUCUUCGCACGCAAGUUUGAGUCGACGGUGAAUCAGGAGGUGCUGGAGAUCCUGGACACACACCUCUACGGCAGCUACCCCCCAAACACGCCAGCCCUGAAGGCCUACUGGGAGAACGUCUACGACCGUGUCGAUGGGCUUAGCGGCCUCAGCGAUGUCACCCUCACCUUCUACACAUCCUUCUCCAGGCUGGGGCUCCGCAAAGCCGCCUCCACGCCGGCGGCGAAGGCCGACAAGCUCUGCAGAUUCGAGCCCCGGGGCUUCCCAUCCAGCGUGCAUUUAUAUUUCUAUGACGACCGUUUCCAGGGUUACCUGGUAAUGCAGGAAGUGCAGAAUUUGGCAACUGGGCAGGCAGAGACCCUGGAGGUGUGGAUGAUGCCCCAAGGAGCUCUCAAGCUGGCGGCUCACACAGGGCAGGCAAACCGCUUGCAGAACCUGGAGGUGGGCACAGAGUGGGACCCCAAGGAAAGGCUCUUCCGCAAUUUUGGAGGCUUGAUGGGGCCUUUUGAUGAGCCAGUGGCCAUGCAGAAGUGGUCGCGGGGCCCCAACCUGACGGCCACGGUGGUGUGGAUCGACCCUACCUCCGUCAUCGCCACCUCCUACGACAUCACGGUGGACACAGAGGCAGAGUUCACCCAGUACAAGCCCCCCCUCAAUCGGCCGCUGCGCCCUGGUGUCUGGACCAUCCGCCUCCUCCAGUUUUGGGAGCCCUUGGGGGAGAGCCAGUUCCUGGUGGUGCCCCAGACCUUCAACCACAAGCAGCCUCUCAGGAAAGACGACAGCAACUGGCUGCACGGCGGCCCCCCCCGCAACGAGUACAUGGAGCAGAGCUUCCAGGGGCUGGGGGGGAUCCUCAACCUCCUGCGCUCCGAGGAGGCGGAGGAGGAUGCGGGGCGGAAGGCGCAGCUGACGGGCAAGGCGCUGGAGGACUGGGCGGACGGCACCAUCGGCACCUUCUGGUCCGUGGCGGAUGUCUGCGUGGGGGGGCCCUCCGCCUGCACCUCCCUGGAGACCUGCAGCAAAACCUCGUGGAGCUCCCUCUCUCCGGACCCCAAAUCCGAACUGGGUCCUGUCAAACCCGAUGGGCGGCUGAGGUAGCAGGAGCAGCCAGGGGGGCGGCUUUGGGAACGAGGAGCAUCCUCCACCCGUCGCUGGCUGAGGGGGGGCUCCAGACUACAUCACCCCGUGCCAUUUGCACCGUAGUCACUUGAGGAAGAGAAUGGGAUCCUCCAGGCCGGGGAAAACCACCUCCUGUGGGGAUCUUGGGUGGAGGGAGAGCGUGAAGUUGGUCUUGCUCACCAGGAACAGGCGCUUGCUGGCCGGGAGAGCGUGUGGGGUUCCCCUCGGGACCGCGGCAGCUGGGAACCGCUGUGUGUUUGUUGCUCGGAGCCUUCGAAAGGGGGUGAUGGGGAAGGGAGGGAGGGCUGGCAGAGGGGCAGGCUCGGCCAGCUGAGCACCCUGCCCAGCCCCGGGCUGGAUCUCUGCAGGCUCAGGCCCUGCGCUGCUGGCUGCUCCCCCUGGGAGGGCUGGGAAAGGACUGGAGAGACAGGCAGGAGCAGAACGGGUCAGAGCCUGCCCUGCGCACGGAGCUGCUGCUGGCCCGGGGCUUGCAUCUCAUCCCCUCCACCCAGCCCCUUAGUUUGUAUUUUUAUAAAUAUAUAUAUACAUAGAAAUAUAUAAGAUGCAAAGUGCAAUAGAGACGAGACCCCGCGUCAGCCGGGAUGUCCGUGUGUCUCCAUCUCCCCUCGGACUGUAACGUACCUGGGUGACCUGGUGCUACGGGACAGGGUGCUGGGUCGUUUACAUAUUUUAUUUUAAUUAUUAUUAUUGUCUUGCUGUUUUCCCCGUUUGCUGCUGGGGAACCGCACCCUCCUGCCCCAGGGUUGUGGGGUGCUGCCUGCCCUUUGUGCCAAGUGUUUGGAGCUGCCGGUGUGCAAUGGCAUGUGGGGCAGUGCUCGGUCCGUGGCUCCAGUCCAAUCCUGCCGCCUCCGUCUCCGCUUCGGCAAAGAGAUGCUUGAGCCCCCUGCCAGAAUGCCACCCGCGGGGCUGGCAUCCUCGCCGUGCCCACCGGCUGCCCUGUGCCCAGCCUUUUCUAUUCUCCUGGCUUGGCAGAAGCUCUCGGGAUCUGCUGUGCUUCCCUGGUCAAAAAGCACUGAGGUGAGACAAGCUCCGGCCAGCUCCAUCCGCUCCCCACUGUUUCUCCUUCCCCAUCCAGAGGGAAGAGACGCCUGCGCCUCCGGGGAAGGGAUUCAGCAGAGCAUCCCCCCUUCCUCCCAGGCUUAGAGAGUGCCAAGAUUUCUCCAAGACUGAUGCUAUGUGGAGAUGUUUUUGCCCUGGGAAGGUGCUUCACAUCUCCACAGCCUGGGAAGAAAGGGGUGAUCCCCCUGGGAAGGGCUGUGGAGCUUUUGGGGCCGAGCUGGAGCCUGCUUAAGGCAGGAGCCAGAGGCUCAGGGCUCGGCCAGCCCAGCGUUGCUCUCCCCAAGUUCUGUGCCAUCUUUCACCUUCCCCCAAAGCCCCACGCUUCCCUGCUUGGCUCGCACUCCCGGCCUCCGUGGUCCAAGGAUGGCGAGAGGCACAUUGUUGGAUGGAGACCUGGGUGCGUGGGGGAUCCGUGGUGGUCCCCAGCUCCCCGGGGGGGGACGGGCUGCGCGGGGGGGACGACAACUCCGUGUCGGGAGUAUCAUGUAAAGUUGUCUUAAAUAUGCAACCCCACC